AUGGGAUCUUUAUUCAGCAGGGGUUCUGGGGAAUGCAAGCUUUUUGGAGAUUUCGGAUGGUUUAUUCAAGGAAUCCUAGGAUUUCUAUCUUUUUCCUCCCUGAUAAGUAAUUUUUACACAGUAAAAAAGUACACCGAAAAGCCCUGCCGAAGCUGAAAAAUUUGGUUCAUGGACACUUCAAAGCAAGGCCUCAGCGCAGGGCUACUUCACAUGCUGAAUUUAGCAGUGGCAUAUAUGAUCGAACACAAUAACCCUGAAUCCAACCAAUGCACGUGGUAUUUUCUGAAUUUCGCGAUUGACACAUUAUUGGGGAUGGCAAUAUGUUAUCUUCUCCUAAACUUAAUUGAGGGGUUAUUUUCUAAAUCCGAAACAUUUUCUUUUACCUCUGGAUUCUAUGGAACUCCUCCUAGAUGGGGACUAUGGGCUUACCAGGUUUGGCUCUGACUGGGGAUUACUAUUAUAACUAAAGGCGUUUUAAUCGGAACUGUGCUUCUAUUCCAUGAAGCCUUGGAAUUUAUUGGAGAUUUGCUAUUAAGCCCUAUAUCGGAUUAUCCAAACUUAGAGCUAAUGAUGGUAAUGAUUGUGAUUCCUUUUAUAUUGAACUCUUUAAUGUUUUGAAUUACAGAUAGCUUUUUGAAGAACACCAAGAACCAAAUAGCUGAAGUUAAAAAAUCAUCAGCUAUUUCUAUGGAAUUACUUGAAAAUGAUGACACAAGUACGAGGGAUGAGCUCAGCGUGGAUGAUGGCUAUGGGAUCAAUUAA